AAUACCUGUAUUUGGUUUUGUUUUAAACAGACUUAUCACCUGUCCCAUGGAUAAGUUACUUGACUUGCCCUGAGUGAAUCAGUAGUGCUGUUGGAUAUUGACCUUCUUGGCCUCAGGGCUUUCAGAAUGAAUGGAAGGUCAUGUGGCAUGAGUCUCCAUCGAACAUCAAGAACCCCACAGGGGCCUGGGUUGCUCAGUGGUCAACAUAUUCCUCCCAUCAGAGCCCACUCAGGCACUCCGGGCCCCUCAUCCUGUGCCAGCACACCCAGCCCCACUAUUGGAAGUCUCGCUAACAGCCUCCACCUGAAGAUGUCCUCUGGAGAAGUGGCUCCUCAGAGCAACAUGGCCAUGAGCCCCCUCCAUCUGCCUGCCCUGAGCCCUAGGAGACAGUUACUCACCAAUGGGAAGCCUCGAUUUCAGGCCACUCAGACUGGUGGCAUGGCAGCAUCAGUUACUAAACACAAACAGCAAGAAUUUGGAGACCACUUUUCUUCAGAUCCCGAGAAAGGGGCUCUUGGCUUUGGGCCUCAGUGCAAGUCCAUUGGAAAAGGCAGCUGCAACAAUCUAGUGGUCACCAGCAGUCCCAUGAUGGUUCAGCGACUGGGACCCAUUUCACCUCCAGCAAGCCAGGUCUCCACAGCAUGCAAGCAGAUCAGUCCUAGCUUACCGAGGGCAGUGAAUGCAGCCAACCUGAAUAGACCUCCUUCAGAUUCCAGAUCCCUUAUUUUGCAAGAGUCUCUGGUAUCCACGACUUUGAGUCUGACAGAGAGUCAGUCGGCCUUGAGUGUGAAGCAAGAGUGGUCUCAGAGCUACAGGGCUUUUCCUUCACUUUCAUCCAACCACGGCUCUCAGAAUGGCAUGGACCUAGGGGACCUCCUGAGCUUGCCUCCUGGCACGCCAGGGUCCAGCAACAGCGUCUCUAACUCGUUGCCACCUUACCUUUUUGGCAUGGAAAAUAGCCACUCUCCUUACCCUAGUCCUCGACACUCAGCCACCAGGUCCCACUCUUCCCGCUCCAAGAAGAGAGGGCUGUCCUUGUCCCCUCUGUCUGAUGGCAUCGGGAUUGACUUCAACACUAUUAUCCGCACUUCGCCCACAUCCUUGGUUGCCUACAUCAACGGAUCAAGAGCCUCCCCUGCCAACGUGUCCCCACAGUCGGAGGUCUACGGGCAUUUCCUGGGUGUUCGCGGCUGCUGCAUCCCCCAGUCUUGUGCAGUGUCCAGUGGGCAGAAAGGCGUGCUGCUGGCCAGUGGAGGACAGGCACUGCCAGGCUACGUCGAGGAUGGUACACUGGAGUACGAGCGCAUGCAGCAGCUGGAGCAUGGUGGCCUGCAGUCUGGACCUGUAAACAACAUGGUGCUGCAACCGGACCUAACGGGCCAGGAUGGCCAGUCAGCCAACAUGCUCAAGACGGAGCGCCUGGAGGAGUUCCCAAGCAGUGCCUUGGACCUGCCCUCCGCGCCACCUCUCCCUCCUCUUCCCCCGCCUCAGGGCCCCCCACCCCCAUACCAUGCCCACCCGCACCUCCAUCACCCAGAGCUCCUGCCUCACACACAGCCACUGGCCCUGGCCCAGGCUGGCCUGGAUGAGGAUGGGGAGAUGGAGGACUCUGGGGGCAAGCACUGCUGUCGUUGGAUAGACUGCAGUGCCCUAUAUGACCAGCAGGAGGAACUGGUGAGACACAUCGAGAAGGUCCACAUAGACCAGAGCAAGGGGGAAGACUUCACCUGCUUCUGGACUGGCUGCCCUAGAAGGUACAAGCCCUUCAACACCCGCUAUAAAUUGCUGAUCCACAUGAGGGUCCACUCGGGGGAGAAGCCCAACAAGUGUACGUUUGAAGGCUGCAAGAAGGCCUUUUCAAGGCUUGAGAACCUCAAGAUUCACUUGCGGAGCCACACUGGUGAGAAGCCAUACCUGUGCCAGCACCCGGGCUGCCAGAAGGCUUUCAGCAACUCCAGUGACCGUGCCAAGCACCAGAGAACUCAUCUUGACACUAAACCUUAUGCUUGUCAAAUUCCAGGAUGUACAAAACGCUACACAGAUCCAAGCUCCCUAAGAAAGCAUGUGAAGGCGCAUUCUUCCAAAGAGCAACAAGCAAGGAAAAAGCUACGGUCUAGCACUGAGCUCCAUCCAGAUCUCCUCACGGACUGCCUUGCCGUGCAGCCCCUGCAGCCAGCCACUUCCCCCAGAGAUGCUGCUGCUGAUGGCGCUGUAGGAUGCUCUCCAGGGCCAGGGCCUGCAGCCGAACUCUAUCCAGCUCCCAUUUUUGCCAGCAAUCAUCCGAGCCGAAGUGGAACAGCUGCUGGGACCGCGCCACCCCCACAUCCUGUCAGUCACCCUUCUCCGGGACAUAAUGUACAGGGGAGCCCCCACAACCCCUCCUCCCAGUUACCUCCACUCACAGCUGUGGACACAAGCACCGAGAGGUUUGCACCUCCGACUCCAUCUCCUCAGCACAUGAGCCCUGGAAGAAUUCCAGCUCCUCCGUCAUUGCUGCAGAGAGCACACCCUCCCCACACCCAACAGCCACCAGGCUCACUCCUGAAGUCCUACCAUCCAGAAACAAACCCUGCUUUUCAGUCAAAUGGUAUCCACGUCCAUGGAUUUUAUGGCCAGCUGCAGACCUUCUGUCCCCCGCAUUACCCCGAUUCCCAGAGAACCAUGCCACCCAGCAGCUCAUGCAGCAUGGUGCCUUCCUUUGAGGACUGCGUGGUCCCCACGUCCAUGGGUCAGACUGGUUUUGAUGUUUUCCAUAGAGCCUUCUCAACACACUCAGGCAUUACAGUGUACGAUUUGCCUUCAGCUUCUCCAAGCCUCUUUGGGGAGUCUCUUCGCAGUGGCCCCGAAGAUCCCACGUUCUUGGGGCUCAGCGCUGUGGACCGCUGCCCUAGCCAGCUCUCCUCUGUGUAUACCGAAGGCUGAAGGCUCCCCAGGCCUCUCCUGCAUAUCCAGGACCUUUGAGUCCCUAGUCAAGCCUUGUGAAGGGCGCCAACCAAAUCCGUGGAGCCAGUCUGGUGGACUGGGUCUUUGGAAGGCAGGACUGGAUGGUCGGAUCUGACUUUUCAGGAAUCACUUGCACCUCUUCCAUUUCUCCCUUAAUUUGCUGGGCUGGGCGACAAGCAGGAAUUUCUUCUCAAAGGGAAUUUAGAGUCUCACUUUAAAGACACCUGUUACUUCCUGGUUGUCAGCUCUCGAAAGACCAAUGAAUGUGCACAGGCCUGGAUGAUGACCCUUGCUAAAGACUCCAAAGACUUAACGAGUGGAAGACUGCCCAGGUACCGGAGCAGAGUGCUUGGCCAAACCCAGGUUUCCUCUCAUGGCUGAGUGAUGCAUGGCCGUGAACACUGAGGGAAUGCAUGGUCGAAGCAGGUGUGGCUUGGACUCUCUCACACUCUAGCUUUAACGUUUGUCUUACGUAGCCCAUGCUAACUACUUGCUUCCCAGUGGCUCCUCCAAUGGCAAAAGUAAGGUUUUAUAUUCGGCAGCCUACUUUGUUUUGGAACUCUGAAGACUUGCUUUUUAUGUCUACUUUUAAAGGAAAAAUAUUUAAAGGAUUGUUCUUUUGGUAUAAGUCAUUACCAUCUUAAUCACCCCAGCUACAUGUAUUUUACCACAGCUGUAGUUCUCCCUGGCCUAAUUUUACAGUUUAGCAAAGGUUAUCUGAGGGAAACAGAAUAGUUACCACAACACACACAACACACACACACACACACACACACACAACACACACACACACACACACACACACACACACACACACUCACACACACUCCAGGAUUGCUGCAGGAACCUUUGAGUGCUGUGUGUAGUGGUAUAUAUCUUUAACUCCAACACUUGGAAGGCAUUCUGAGUUUGAAACUAGCCUGGUCUACACAGCCAGGGAUACAUAUUGAGACCAUCUAAAAAACAAAACAAAAAACCCUUUUGUUUUGAGGUUAAGUGACUCCAGCUUGCAAUCUGUUCCAUUUGAAUGGUCCCUGCAUUGCCUUAUCUCUGGUGCUCUGCCCUGGCCAGACCAGGAAACAUGAGAGCUGGGACACAUUGAGUUAUGUGUAUGGUUUGUCAGAAACCAAACCAAGGGCGCCUGUUGUCCAGUUGUUUUGUGUGUCUCUUCCCAGUUCCUUACAGGAAUCCAUUCAUCUGUCUGUCUCUGUGUACUGCUGCCUCGUAUUUUCAUGUCCUCCUUCCUACUGUCCACUAAAUCCUGCCAGCUCCUGGGAAGGUUCACAGAAGGCAGACUCAAGAAAGCAACUUUUUGGAACUCUGUUUUAAAGGCUGGCAUUUUUCACAAAGCACAUAGCCAUUUUAUGUUAAGCCUAAACAAGACAUCAUUUUCCAGGGACAACUUUUAGAAAGGUACUAAGAAGAUCCUAUGUCCUAGGGCAAAGGCUAUACAAAUAAGCUGAACUCCAAAAAGCUGGUCAAUUCCAACAUUCUAGUUUGCUCGAAUUUCAGGAUUUUUCCCCCCUUAAUAAAUGCUUCUUUAACAGAACUGAAGCUAAGUUCUUUCUGGAACUGAGAUCAUUGGGACCUUAAAUAGUUCAGUGUCUUGGGAUUGUGAGACUGCUUGUACCCCAAUAGACAGACCUUUCUCAGUCUAGCCCCCAUUCAGAAGAGUUCCAUCUCUUCCAAGAUGCCACCGAAUGGGGUAAAUAAAGAACUAAGUGUGGGUUCUAGUUUCACAGCUCAUUAUUUGGUCAGGUGUUGUUGAAGAGAUUGUGUUCUUGGUGGAAACUAUUGUGUAGACAUCCAGGUCACAUGACUUUGAAUUCUCAUAGGUCUUCUGAUCUCUGAGGAAGGAAGUACAGUACGUCAGACUUCCUCCACAGGCGAGCUCUCAGGCUGCUGGAAACUACCACCCUUGUAGACCUGCUAGGUUGGUCCACUUGGGCUAAGCAGGAACACACGUAUGUUAACACUGACGUACUUGACAGUAACCCUUGUCUGACCUCUGUCACACUCCAGGAAGAAAAGGAGACCCUACCCUCACAAGAAGCAUCAUCCGUUCAUAAACCCCAAGGUUUUGGAAGGACCUCCAGGCAGAUCUCAUUUGGGUAAUAAGGGAAGAACAGGUGGGAGGCAGUUGAUCCGUCCACUCUAACUUCUGGAGUUACUUACGUAGGAGAGUCAUAGAAAGGAACAGAAACACAGAUCACGUACAGCAUCUGCUCCUGUGGUGGAGACAUGAGGCUCGGGAUCCAGGCUCUGGACUCACGGUGGCUUUCCACAUGGCAUGGCUCUUUCCUGGGUCACCUAGGAGGACCUGGUGUUAUCAAAGCCUUCUUUAGCCCAGAGGGACAUUCUUGCUGUCAGAAAGAAGCAUGCUUGGGCACAUCAGGGUCCUUCAGAUCAUACAAGCUGUCUAUCUUUAGGUUCCAGAAUUUCACCUUAGAUUAAAAUGUGCCCCUCACUUACUUUGGCCUACGUAGUUCCAUCCUUGUUUUUAACCAGUGAAACUAGAACUUAAAAAACAUUGAUUAUUCCCUUCCAUUCUCCUAGGCCUUUUUAGUCCUUGGUGGGUAGCCAUUUUCAUAAACAUCCACCUGGAAAUUGCCAUUCACCUUUAAAUACAAAUAUGCAAACAAAGCAAUAACAACUAGUGCUUGUGAAAACACAUAGCACAAAUCCAAUUAUCCUAUUACACAAAAAAGAUCAGUAUGCCUAGAGACAUUUCAUUGCUUCAUCCGUUGUCCUAACUCCCUAAAGGGACUGUAUCAAAGUGUCACUUGUCAUUUACCCUCUGAUCAGCACUUAAAAACUGUUUAAAUAUUCCAUGGCCCUGUGAGGUCCCUUAUGGUUGGUCUACACCACAUGGCCCAGGUGAGUCUGAAGUAGAAAAUAAAGUAUGUGGUAGACUACAGCAUAAAAUCUCCUGAUAACAAGUUUGGUUAUGUUCAGUCCUAAUGUGACCAACUGUCAAAUGUACUAGUUCACUAAUACAGGCUUGGAACAGGGCUAACCUGUCACAGAACCCGUACCCCUUCCUCACCCCUGAUUGCCUGGAAGUAUUGACAAUAGCCUCUGUAAUGUUCAGUUUUAUUAUUUGGUGUUUGAUUUGACUGUUUAGACCAUUGCUGUUAUUGCCGCAGAUAAAGUAACAGGGAAAGAGAAAACCCAAACUCAUUGGAUAAAAUGGUGAGUGUAAAAAUGAAGAGAUUUAUUUUGUACAGACAAAGAAGUGUCCUCGGUAAUAUUGCUGACAUAAAGCACUUUGGGAGAAAAGUGGAAAUCUGUUUUCCAUAGAUCACACAGGCUCUUGUACAUUGUUCUGUAUACUCACGUAGAGAAAUGUGCUGCGUAUAUCAUACUGGAUACGGGGCCGGUUUGACUGUAGAUGCACAUCUGGUGCUGGUUGUCAUAAAUCUUUCAAGGAAUUAGGUACACUUUUUUCUAUUAAUAUGUAUAGUUUUGCGAUUUGUCACAGUUAUGUUUCAUAUAAUCAUAAGUUAUUUUGUCUUGUUUCAUGAAGUCCUUUUUUUAUGUCAAAAGUAAAAUGAAGGGAUUGUGUACUUGGCACAGAAUAAAACUGGAAAUAGAGGACGCCCUUCCUGCCUGAAGCAGUCCUUCAGCGCUGUCGCUUUAGAACACAAUGGCAACCAGUGUUGUUUGUUUGUUUGUUUUAUUGUUCUGUUUUGUUCUGUCACCAGCCUCCUCUAUAUUGGGGAUGGUAAUUAUAAUUAACAGCAGAUGGGGAGGGGGUGUCCGAGGCCAGCUUUAAAAUGCCGCAUCGCUUUGGGCCAGAACUGAAGCCUGGAUUUAAUUAUAGAUAUGAGGACGAAAUGGCAGUAAAAAUGAAUGUCUCCCUGAAUCCUUUACAUGUUGGGAGUGUCCAUAAAUAAAACAUGAAGUUUUAUUUCAUCACAUUUAA